GGCUUUACAUCCUCACUUACCGACGCUAGAAUAAGAAACAUUGAAUUGUCGUCUCAAAUAAUAAAGGAUAUGUCUUCUACGAGUGAGGAAUUUGCAAUUAGUAUACCUGUAACUCCGAAAGAGGACGACAAAAUUUUAUUAGAUAAUGAAAAAAUUAAUUUCAACUUGGAUAGCAUAAACCUUUAUUCUAGGCCGUUAAAUUCAGGAAAUGCAAGAGAGAUUUCUGAGAUUUCUCGUAGAAAGAUAUUUUUUUUGAAUGAAGAUGUCAUUAAAGUGUUUGAAAAUAUUCAGAAAUGGAUCAAUAAAAAAGAUUCAACCACGCUUGAGGAAACGUUAGAAUACCAACUCGUGAAAAUGACAGGGCAAGAAAACCGUCUAAAGACAACAAUAGGAUAUCAACUUUUAAAUAAUCCAUAUUCAAGAAAAGUAGAUGCCAUUGCAAAGACAUUAUUUGCCGAUCAUCUUCCCGACUUUAUACUUAAAUAUUAUGUAGAUAAUGACGAGAAAAAAAUUAUUAAGCGUGAUGAUUUUAUAAAGUUGCUUCUUCGUAUAGGGCUAGUGGUUGAAGAAGAAACUAAAUCCGAUGACGAAAAUAUUAAAUAUGUAAAGAUUUAUGCGCCAUUCAAAUUGCUUUGCGAUUAUGCCGAACAUAUGAAACUUGAAUUCCCCAUAAAAUCAGAAGACCAUAGACCUGAGCCAGAAAACUAUAAAACUCUAAACAAGUGGCUCUUACCUAGUCUAACAUUUGUUACUUUAAACCAAUAUAAACUAUCUGCUCCUUUCAAAAAAAAAUAUUUCGAAAAGUUUGAAGGUGGAAAUGAGAUGGAUUCAUUUUUGAACUUUUUCAGUUCAGCAAGGAGAAAUUUAUUGGAAUACAUUGAUGAAGACAUAGUCAAAGACGAAGAAGAGAAGGAUACUCCUCAAAUUUUUACUAAAAAGUUGAAACGAAUAACCAAUGCUUUUGCUAUAUCAACGCUUCUGAGUGAGAAGGUCUUCACCGAUUAUUAUCCUCUUCAUGAUGGCUCAAUAUUUGAUAAAAACAGUUUACGUACAAAAUUGAAUGAUUCAUGGAUCAAAAAUUGGAAAAGUAAGCCAUUGGACCAAAUACGAGAAUAUUUUGGAGAAAAGUUGGCAUUAUAUUUUGUAUUUCUGGAGUAUUAUACGAAUUGGUUAACGAUACCUUCUAUCGUUGGAUUGAUCGUGUUUAUUUAUGGAUUGAUUGAUGCAUUUAGUCGAGGAUUAGUGUCUUCGAAAAAUAUUGGAACUAUUUCCUCUAUUGUUGAUAACGCUCUUACUGUCCCUUUUGCAUUAUUUAUGACAUUAUGGUCUACUGCGUUUUUAGAAUAUUGGAAAAGAGCAAACAAUACUUUACAAUAUAAUUGGGAUGUCAUGUGCUAUGAAGAAGAGGAAUUACCAAGACCAGAAUUUUAUGGAACAGAACGCCGUCCUUCACCAAUUACUGGGAAAGAAGAAAUGUAUUUCCCUUUAAGGAAUAGAUUAAGGAAAUUUAUGGUUUCCGGAAUUAUUAUCUUUGUUUCACUAUGCAUUUUUCUGAUUACAUCUGGAGUUUUGCUUAUUUUUCCAAAAAUAUGGAUUCAUGUCGAUUCUUUGAUUCUUAAAUUAUUUCUUUUCGAUUUUGUGAAUUUCUACACCGCUUUGUUAUACGUUAUUUUACUUAAACAAGAGUUUAUAAAAGACAUGAUUAACAAUCCUGAUAUUACAACUGGAUGUGAAUAUGACAAUUGCUUUACAGAACUUACUGUUCAAUUAGCAAUUAUCAUGAUUGGGAAGCAAGCAUUUGGACAAAUUAGUGAAGUCCUUAUUCCGCUUGUUAAAAGUCGAUUAAACAAAGACACACUAAAACAAGUACUUGGAGAAAACGAGGUAGUUCCACAAUGGGUGGAAGAUGAUCAUUUAGAUGAACCACCUCAAAUACAAGAUUCAGAAUAUAUGGAAAUUGGAUAUCAAGCUCAAGAUAUUGGAAUGUGGGAAAAGGCCUUGAAUUUUCUUUCGAUUUUUGGUGUACUAUCAAAUACGAUUAUUAUUGCAUUUUAUUCUAAUUGGAUGAAAGCACAAUUCCUUAAAUACACAGAUGAGAAUGAAAAUCAUCUAUUAAUUGCUAGACUUCAUUUUGUGUAUGCAAUUAAGGUGAUUGCAUACUUCGUACCAAACGAGUCGAUAUCACUAAGAGCAGCUAUUGCACGCCAAAAAUAUCAG